AUGGGUCUUCUCACGGCCAUGUUCCGCACCAAACCCAUCGCGGUCAUUGACGCAGAAGAGCGCAAGGAAGAGCUGCCGCGCGAACUCGGGCUCGUCGAUCUCAUCCUCAUCGGCGUCGGGUCCACGGUCGGGUCCGGUGUCUUUGCGACGACCGGCGACAUCAUUAGCCAGACAGCGGGCGCCGCGGCUUUUCUCUCGUGGCUCAUUGCUGGCUUCUCGUGCAUCCUCAACGGCUUUGCGUACAUGGAGAUGAGUUCGCUCGUGCCGUCGUCCGGCUCGACGUACGCCUACUCGUACUACGGCCUCGGCGAGCUCCCGGCGGUCGUCGCCGGCUGGCUCUUGACGCUCGAGUACGGCAUUUGCUCGGCGGGCGUCGCGCGCUCGUGGGCUGAUAAAGUCCACGAGUGGCCGCGCGUCUUGUAUGCGAUGGCGGUUGACGGCCUCUGCCCGCCCAUCUUUGGCAAGGUCGACAAGAAGGGCAACCUCUUCUGGAACACGUUGAUCACUGGCGUCUUCUUCACCAUCAUUGCGCUCCUUGUGCCGUUCGACUACCUCUGGAACUUGGUCUCGCUCGGUAUUCUGGUCGGCUUCAACAUGACCAACUCGGCGCUGAUUUUGGUCCGGACCCGCGAGUCGGCGCCAACGAUUGCGUACAAGCUGACCGGCGCGCUGGUGGCUGUCUCGCUCGCCUCGAUGUUUCUCUUCCAGAAGGGCUACGUGAUUGCAACCGAGCCCGCGACCGGAUACCUCAUCGCGUCGAUGCUGCUCCUCGCGGCGGUCGUCGUCAUCACCUUUGGAAUUUACUUUCUCUGCCCCCAGAACGUCGGGUCGCCCGACAUGUACCGGUCGCCGCUCGUACCGUUCGUGCCGGCACUCGCGAUCACGUGCAACUGGUACCUCAUUGCGCAAAUGGGCGCGCGGGACAUUGGUCUCUGCUGCGGCUGGGUCGGCCUCGCGAUCCUCUCGUACUUUGUUUAUGGCCACCGGUACAGCGAGGGCCAAAACGGCUGGGCCGCGAUGCUCCACCACGAGUACACGGGGCUCAACUCGGUGCGCCCGUCGCUCACAAGUCAGAUUGUCGGCGAGAAGAAAGAGUCCAUCCUCGGACUCAAGCUCCAAGUGGCAACGUCGUCCAAGUAA